AUGGACAAUGUGAUGAGCAGCCUACCCCCAGAUGUGGGAGCGAUCCUGAUGCAAAACAUUGGGAUCUUGGACGUUGUGUCCAUGUUCGCAAUUGGCGCUUUCAAUGCCCUCGAGACCGGCAUCGUGACCUUUGACACAUUCAAACACUACCGGGGUCUAUAUUUCUGGAGCAUGCAAGUCGCCUCCUGGGGGAUUCUACUCCAUGCAAUCCCAGCUAUGAUCCGUUUCGUCUCGGUGGCUCCAAGCCUGCCAAUGUCCAUCCCCUUUAUCAUCGGCUGGUAUGCCAUGGUCACCGGCCAAGCCUUUGUAUUAUACUCACGACUACAUCUCGUCGUAUCUGAUAUCAAAAAGCUGCACUGGGUCUUGUGGAUGAUUAUCAGCAACGCUCUGAUCCUCCACAUUCCUAUGACAGCCCUCUUCUUCGGUCUUAGCAAAAAUAACGCCACCCUUGCCCGCCCAGCCGCAAUCUUUGACCGCAUCCAACUCACAGGCUUCUGCAUCCAAGAUUUCAUCAUCUGCGGCAUCUACAUUCGCGAAGCCCUCCGCGCCCUCGGCCCAGUCCUGGAAGUCCGCGGCAAACAAGGGCGAAAUGUGAUCUGCCACCUGAUCUGGGUGAACGUGCUCGUCGUCAUACUCAACUGCCUCCUCCUGAUCGUCGAGUACAAACUGCACUAUGUGGAAGUCAGUUUCAGAACAGUGGUAUACAGCAUCAAGCUGAAACUCGAAUUUAGCGUGCUCAACCGUCUACGCUCACUGACCCGCACACAACCCUGUGUCUGCCAACAGCCCCAACAACAGCAACCAGCAGGUGGCGGUCCACGCAGAUCAAGCGAUAUAAAUAUCUUCGACAUGAUCUCUGCAAGGUCACGGGUACCCCGGGUAGACAUCGAGGAAAUGCCCGCCUUCGUCCACGCCGGCAUCUCCUACCGAUCACCUUUUGUGCCCAACAGUACACACGAUUUUCACGAGGCUCUUCGCGAGACCUCGUCCAAUGACAACAUGAUCAGCCCCGUUGAUACAUGUGUCCUCUCUCCUUCAACACUCUCCUCCGAAAAUCUCUCCCGGCCGCGGAUCGGGUCAUCAGAAACAAAAUCCACCGUGGAAAUGAGGUUGCUGGAGUCGUCCAGAUCGAGCUAG